AUGCUAGCCAAAAUUACCAAAUUUUGUGAUUUUAAACAAAAAGUUCGAACAGAAACUUCAGCUGCACAAAGAGAUGCAUCACAAACAGCCCAAAGUGCUUACCAAAAAAUCCUUAGAAUCCCUAGUCUUGUUAUGUCAAGUCCAGAAUUUCGUGCAUUACUCAAUGAUCUUAACUCGAUUGCUCAAGAAGGAUCCCAUGCUCAAGAUCCUGACCAAACAAAGAUGGAAAUUCAACAAAAUGCAAGGGAAACUGCAGACAGAACUUCACAAACAUUACGGGAAAAUGCCUAUCCAUUAGCCAAGAAUGCUGCAAACAUUGGUGGCGAACAUAUUAAAGAUUUUAGUGAAGGCAAAAAAUCGUUAAAAGAAGCUACCACUGGUGGUGUAAAAUCAUUACAAUCUUCUGUUCAACAAAAUGUCUCCGUUCGUAAACUUAGCGAUGAAGAACGUGAUCGAUUGGUGAAUCGCUUUAAAAAUGUCAUGAUUGAAGCACACAAAAAUCAACAGUAUCAAGACGCAAUUAGUGAAUUAAUGGAUUUGAUCUCCCAACUUUCACAACAAACUCAAGAACUUACUCAACAUUUAUCUGAUAAUUUGGCUGUCCCUCGAGAAGAAAUAAAUAAAAAUGAUUCCAUACAAAUUGCCACUAAAAAUGCCAAAGAUAUUGUUGAGAAAUUUGCUAAUCAAUCGCUCGAUCCUUUGAUUGAUUCAAUCAGAGAAUUUGGUAGACAAAUGAAAAAUGAUCAAGAGUUACGUGAUUAUUUCAAAGAAGUUCGACAAUUUAUUGGCAGUUCACUUCACGACACUGAAUUCGUACAGAAUACAGAUUACACACAGUUUGGAUCAGAAUUGAUUACCACUGGUAGACAAAUUUUGUUAGAGAAAUAUCGUGAACAAAGUGAAAAUGUUCGAAGACAAGCUAAUUCCUUCAAUGAAGCAAUCCAAAACGAUCCAACUACUGCUCAGUGGAGAAGAGACUUCGAUAAUUUGAUUACUGAUCUUUUCUUGGAUGAAAGUGGAAGUCCAACAAUUAAAUAUGAGCUCAUUAAAGAUGCUGCAAAAAUCAUCCCUGUUAUUACCACUCAGUUGCAAUAUUUACCACUUCCAAGAAUUGAAAAUUCAGAUGAUGAAUAUGAUUUCGCUUUUGAUAAUAUGGUUCUUCACUUACCAGAAAUUUUACCAAGUCAUGCUCACCUCAGCUUAACAUCAGAUAUUAAUCUAGAUCGUGAAUCCACCAGUCUAAUAAAAAAUUAUGCCUUCUUUGAAGUUUCUAAAAUCCGUGCUGAUGCACGUAACAUUGCAUUUUAUUACAAGAAGAAGAAAGGAGUGAUCAAUAUGAAUGAUUUAGGAUUAGUCGACUUUUCCAUUCCAAAUAAUGGUUUAAGGUUUUAUCUAAAAUUAUUGUUAGAAGCGCCAACAAAAGACCAUCCAAAUCUUCGAUUCAAUGUAUUAGAAGCAGAAACUACCAUUGAAAGCCUCAAACUUCGUAUACACCAAUCAAAACAUGAUGUCUUGUAUAAAAUUUUAACUCCAUUGGCUCAGAACAAGAUUAAAAAGCAACUUGAAGCCACAAUUACCGAAAAAUUGAAAGAAGCUGUUCAACUUUUACAAGAUAUAUCACCACAUGAUACAACACCUCAAUAUCAACCUUUGGAAGAAUAA